GAAGAAAAAGAAAAACGAAGAAAGAAAGAGAAAAGAAGGAAUUUGGAGGGAAAUUGAAAAGAAAUUUCCAGCUAUAAAACUUUCAUCUUUGAGAGAAAUAAGAGAAAAAAAUCCUCAACUUCACAUCAAAUGUUGGAAACCCUCAUCUCAUCGCAGAGACCUUGCCCUCUUUUAACCCUAAUUUUUAUCACCGUGGAUCGGAUCGGAAGCGGUGAGGAGAAAUAGUUUGUUGUUGUAGAUUUUAUGGUGAUUUUGUUUGGAGGAGCAGGAGGGCGGAUCUUGGAUUCUUGGUUGGAUUUCAAUGGAGAAAGAGGGCAAAUCAGUGGAGGUGAAGGAGAAUGGCGUUGCGAAGAAGAGGGUUUGUUCUGCAGGGGCGGUGCGUCGGAGCUCGUCCGGCGGGGGGAAUGUUUGCGAGCUGAAAGGAGGGGAGAAGAAAAGACGGUUGAUUUUGAGCGAUUCUGAGGAUUCGGAUGAGUUCUUGAUUUCUCCGCGUUCUAAGUUUGCUUCUGGAGAUUAUCAGAAUGGGAGCAUGUCUGUGACUGGGAAGAAGGAUAGCAUGCAGCGAUUGAAGCGUGGAGAAGUGAAGAGGGUUGUGGUUUCAGAUGCUGGGAGGCGGAUAGAAGCCGAGGCUGAUUGUAGGGAUAAUGUUGAGUUGGGUUUGAAGAGGAAAAGAUGCGGGGAAGGACCUUAUGAUGAAGUCAAGAGUAAGAAAUUCGAGAAGAAUUCUUUGAAAUGUAUGAAGAGAAUUGCUGAGGGCAAUGGCGUGGAGAAGAUGCUAACAGGGUUCUGUGAAACAUACAGAUAACAUGUCAAAGAUCAACUGCAAACCAGCAGUCCCUCCUGAUAAAGAAUCUAAUGGAUUGAAUGAUCAGGGAAUGCAAUGUGAACCAUUUAACAAUAGCAAGUCUAGCAAGAUAGAAGCUUCUGAUGAACUGAAGAUUGGUGGAAAGAGUACAAUGGAAUCUAAGGAGUUGGAUUCAAACAUGUCUGACAAGCCUGAAGUUGCUGAUGGACAAAAGAAGAAUGAGCUUGAUGACAGAAUAAUUGAAGCUAAAGUGGCUUAUGAAUGUGGCAGCUUGGAAGCUGUGGAUGGACUAAGGGAUGGUACAGAGGAACGGAAAACUGAAGCUGAAAAGAUUGACCUGAAAGAAUCUAGCAAGACAGAAGCUGCUGAUAGACAGAGUGAUGAUCCCGGGGAUAAUAGAAUCACAGCUAAAAUGGUUGAUUCAGAUGUGUCUAUCAAGCUAGAAACUGCCGAUAGUCCAAGAGAUAAUGCAGAAGUUGGGAAUAUUGAAUCUGAGUAUCUUAUUCCAAACAAGUCUCACGAGACUGAAAGUGCUGACAAGGAGAGCGAGGUUAUAAUAGAUGGGAGUGGUGAAGCUAUAAAAGCUGAUUUGAAUAUGUCUGGCAACUUACAGAAGAAUAGUCCCUUGUCUGGGAGAAGUGAAGCUGAAAAACCUGUUUUGUUUGGGUCCAGCAAGUCUGAAGCUGCCAAGCUGGAUAAAUCUGUAGAUAAGUCAACCAAAGCUAAAAAAAGCGGCUCCACUAAGUCCAGCAAGCUGGAACCUGCUGAUAGGCGGAGGAAUGUGUUCAUGAAAGGUAAAGUUGGGUCCUUGGUAUCUGAUUCAAAGAAUUUUAGCAAGCUGGAAGCUGAGAAAACUAGGUCUAUACAACAUUCAAGUCAGAGAACACUCAAGACAGGAAAAGGUGAUACAACUCAUCCUAUCUGUGUAAAAAGAAAAGAUCAUAGCAUUGUGAAAGAUAAAAAUGUCAAAAUGCAAGGGAACUUUAAUGUUUGGAAGAGUUUGCGAGGUAAGAAAUCAGGUGGCCCUGGUAAGGGUCUGAUUGUAAGGGCAAAAGAAGAGGAGGCUAGAAAUAGCUUAUGCUCUUCGUCUAUUGCCAAACAGAAUAAGAUAUUAAAGCAGCCUUCAGUCUCUGGAGAACGGAAAAUCCUUAUCAGAUCAACAUCCAGUAGAAAUCAGUCAGCUACAAGAAAGAACUCGUCAGUUCAGAAAUGCAGAUCCUAUGAUGCUAAAGCAGAUAGACUAAUUCUAUCUUCAAAAAGGAAUCUCAAGGGCCUUGGUUCACCAGAUGUGAAAGAACAUAUGACAUCUAAAGUUGAGGGCAGGGCCAGUUCAAAAGCUCCACUCCUGGACAACCAGAAUGCGGAGGCACCAAGUGCAGGUCGUGGGACUGCUCGUCAGAAACUCAGGGAGCAGAUAAAAGGCAUACUUUUGGAUGCUGGUUGGAAAAUUGAUUUAAGACCUAGGAGGGGCAGAAAUUAUGAGGAUAAUGUAUACAUCUCUCCAGAAGGAAGAGGUUAUUGGUCAAUCACAAAGGCAUAUGCUAUGUUUCAAGAAAAAUUGCCUUCUGGACAUGAAGCAAAACAGAAGGGUCUGCCUAUCAAAUUAUUGAAGAAGUCUGGUGGAAGUGAUCACAACCUUGAAGGGCCGAGCUCUCCAAUCUCUAUGAAUAUGUUAAGUAUACUGAAGCGGAAGACCGCUAAACAACGAAGUAGGGAGGAGCUGGAAGAAACUCCAUUGAAAGUUAGUGAUCACAAGCGAAGGAUAAAGGUGAAACAAACUACUGAUGAUAUUGGAAGGAAGAAAAAGCUGAAGAGCUCUAAUAUUUCUAGCACAACAAACAGUGUUGCUCAGAAGCCACCUAUUUUAGAAAGAAACAACAGCAAUAAAAGAGGUUGUGCACUUUUGGUUCGUGGUGCCCACCAAGAAGCAGAAUCUGACGACGAUGAUUAUGUUCCUUAUGUUUGGAAGCGGACUGUUCUCUCAUGGCUGAUAGAUUUAGGAAUUUUGCCUAUAAAUGGGAUUGUAAAAUAUAUGAACAAGAGGAGAACACGGGCGAUUCUGGAGGGUCGAAUUACAAGGGAUGGCAUUCACUGCAACUGCUGCAGUAAAAUCCUUUCUGUAUCAAAGUUUGAGCUUCAUGCUGGUAGCAAACUGCAACAACCAUAUGAAAAUAUAUAUGUGGAUAAAUUAGAGAUGUCCCUUCUGCAGUGCCUACUUGAUGCAUGGGAAAAGCAGGAGUCCUCUGAAAGACAGGGAUUUUUCUCUGUUGAUGUUGGAGGAGAUGAUCCAAAUGAUGAUACCUGCGGUAUAUGUGGAGAUGGUGGUGAUCUAAUCUGCUGUGAUGGUUGUCCUUCAACUUUUCAUCUGAACUGCUUAGGAAUAAAGGUGCUGCCUCCUGGUGACUGGCAUUGUUCUAAUUGUUCGUGCAAAUUCUGUUGGGUAGCUUCAGGUUCCUGUCCUCGUGGAAGUGGUCAAACAGCUCAAUUGCUUUGUUGUUCUUUGUGUGAAGAAAAAUAUCACAAGACUUGUGUUCCUGAGGUCUAUGCUCUCCGCAGAGUUUCAAAUAAUGCGCCCACGUCAUUCUGUGGGAGGAGUUGUGGAGAGGUCUUUAAGGGGUUACAUAAACUUAUUGGGGCUAAGAAUGAUUUAGAAGCUGGAUUUUCAUGGAGUGUUCUGUGUCGUUUUGAUGAAGAUUCACCAAAGCAUCAUUUUGAGCUACCUCGCAAGGCUGAAUGCAAUUCCAAGAUUGCUGUUGCGCUGGCAGUCAUGGACGAAUGCUUUCUGCCUAUUACUGAUGAAAGGAGUGGCAUCAACCUGAUCCAUAAUGUUGUCUAUAACUGUGGAUCAAAUUUCAGCCGGCUUAACUACAGUGGGUUUUAUACUUUUGUUUUGGAGCGUGGCGAUGAGAUCAUUUCUGUAGCAUCCAUCAGGAUUCAUGGAACCAGGUUGGCUGAGAUGCCAUUCAUUGGGACACGGAACAUGUAUAGGCGCCAAGGAAUGUGUCGCCGGCUACUAACUGGGAUUGAAGUGGCUCUUUCAUCCCUCAAUAUUGAAAAACUAAUAAUCCCUGCUAUAUCUGAAUUGACGGAGACCUGGACAACUGUAUUUGGAUUCAAGCCUCUUGAUACUUCACAAAGGCAAGAAGUUAGAUAUGUAAAUAUGUUGGUUUUCCCAGGCACAGGGCUAUUACAGAAGGCAUUACUCUCAACAAAUUCAACUGAACAUCCUACUAUAGCUACUGAAGUUGACAAAGUUGAACAUCUAAGUAAGGACAAUUGUAAGCUAGAUUUAGCAAAAGGAUCUCCCCAGGUCUCCUCUGGGGACUGUAAGAGCAAGGUUGAUGACACAGAACCUAAUGGUGCCACUUUUGUUGAUUCUGGGAACUCCCCUUCUGAAGUGUCACUUUUAUCUUAUAACGAUUCACAUGGAUCUCAAUUGAAAGCUCACAAGUUCAUGGAGAAGGCCUCAGAUACAGAUUUGAGUCUUAAGACUGAGGGAGUUUAUCAUGAUGGCACUGUGAAUGGUAAUGACAAGGUGGACAAUGCAGGUGCUGGUUUCAAGUUGGAUGUACAUGCUGCUGCUGAGGUUGCUGCACAGCAUAUGCCCAAUGCUAAAUUCUCAUCUUCAGAUGCUUCUGGUUCUAAUUUACAAGAUCGUAAUGAAAGUAAUCUACAUGUUCCUGUAUCUUCUCAAGUGUCAAGCACUGAUGGUGCUCAUCUAGAUAGAUGUGAGGUAGCUAACUUAUCACAUUCAUCACUGCAUGAACAGCAGGGCAGCAAAAUUAUUCCUGAAACUGAUUUCCAGAACUUAAGUGGGAUGUCUUCUCUGGUCAAUGAACCUUAUGCAUCUCCAGUAGAUUCAAAGUCUUGUGCUGAUAAAGAUAUGAAAACUGAUGCAAAUAUAGGGAAAGCUAAACUUGUUUCUGAAUCCCAUAUAAACAAUAUAAUUGCUGGGCAAGAUACUUCUGAGGCUAAUAGAGGGCUGAAUGUUGCUUCUGGAAAAGAGAGUGAUGUUUCUCUCAGUGGUGUUGCAUCGGAUUUUGAUGUUGUCACUGAGAAACCAUCCACCUUUUUCCAUGCCCCUGAAGCAUCUGUCAAUACAUUUAUCCAGCAGGAUCCUGAGUUGACUAAAGUACUAGAAUGUCAUAUUCCUACCAGAUAUAAUUGCAAUAAUCCAGACUCAAUCAAUAUUUUGUCUCCUCCCAAGCAGAAUGGCACUUCUAAUGGAGUUGUACUACUUCAAAAUAAAGUACCAAAUGGUCACAGUCCUGUUGAGCAAGAUCCUGAUGCUGUGAGCAAAAGUUUUGGACAAAAUACUCCAGGCCUGGUUGGUAAUGACAAUCUAGAUUUGGUGGCCAAGCUUCCUUCUAUGUUUGUCUCUGAAGUAUCUGCCCUCGGAGAAGGUGCUACACCUGAUGUUUCUUCUGCACCUGAUCUUGCCACUUCUGAGUCUUCUGCACACCUUGCAACCAUGGUUCGCAAUGCUAUAGAUGUUGCAUCUGAUUGCAUGGUUCGGCGUGAGACAGAAACUGCAGAUGAGGCAAACACUAAUGUUGCUGUUCAACCCAAUGGUCCUAGUUAUGAUUUUGGCAAAAGGGAAGUUGAUACUAAUUUUUCACUUGUAAAACUUGCCAAUGAAUGUGGCAGUUCUGCCCAAUCUAGUUUGGGAAUGAUUUCUGUGCCUGCCAGUGAUUCCAGUGAAGCAAUUAUUCAACAACACGAGAGUGAAUUACCCAAGGUCGUCCACCAUGCACCUGCAUCUGGUGUUGCUGGUCCCUUAGCUGAUGGAACUAAUAACAGUGAGAUGCACAAGGUGGUUGACAGAUGCAGGCAGGCUGUUUGUCUUGUUGAUAGUACUGAAUCUGCUGAUUAGCAUUUUUCUUGGGGUUCUCUUUUUUUCUGUAAAUUCUUUCUGCUCAAUUUUGAAAGUGUAAGCAUACUGCUGAAGGGUUUGGUGAGAGAGGAGUAGAGGACAGGAUAUGAACUAGGAGAUCUUUUCAUGAUUUAGACUGAUGAUGAGAUUGCUGAUUUAGACUCUUCAUUCACCUUAUUUCUAGGAAUUUGAUGGGGGAUCAAACUCAUGCUUGACCUAAAGCAUUUACAUUUCCUUGUCAAAUUCUGAUCUAUCAAGCACUUCGCAAUCGAGCAGCUAAUCAAGUUGCAGGGCAAGAUCCUUCUUUCAUGCGAAGGUGCACAGUUUUGUUUUGAAGGCAAAGCAUGGAAGGUCCAGAAGUCUGCCCACUGCUUGCCCUUCCCAAAUUGUACAUAUCUGUUUUUCUCUAAAUGUAGAGGCAUGGUUUAACAUCAAUCAAUCAAUCAUACAGGGAUAAGUAUAUUAAGCAGCUUUGUUGUGAAAGCUUGUCUGUGGAUAUCAAUUCUAACUUGUGGGUGAAAUAGUCAUUUUUUGAUUAAAUGCCAUUAGAGUUGAUGGCAGUGCUUCAUUUUUUAUUUUUUAUUUUUGCCUUUAUUGCUGCUAAAGUUACAAUUUGAUGCCCCAUUUGAUA